GGAAAAAAUAAGGCAAUAAUAAAGGAAUAGUUCACCCCAAAAUGAUCAUUCUCUUUUACACACCUUUUUAUCAUCUCAAACUCGAAUGACUUGUUCUUCUGUGGAACACAAUUUAAAUGAAAAAUAAAAAAUUAAUUGAUGUAAGAUGUGUUAAUAUCCAUAUAAUUUAAGUCAACAGGAUCUAAAACUUCCAAGCUCUAAAAAUAACAAAGGUUUCAUAAAAGUAAUUCAUAUGACUAGAGUGGUUUAAUCCAUGUCUUCUGAAGAGUUAUAAUCAGUUUUGGGUAUGAAACAGACCAAAAUGUUACUCUUUUUUUUUUUUUUUACUAUAAAUCUUGAGAUCUGUAGUCGACAUCUUGUCGCGAUCAUGAUUUGAAGCACAAUUAACCCUUCGCCAAGAUCCGCCCUCUUAGUUACUGUUUCUACGCCCGACAAGCUUUCGGUACCAGCCAUGGUGCUUCCACUUUCAAUUCAUGCAUUCCCUGGGGAAAUAAUGAAUAAUUUCUGGAAAAAUGACAUGUUGAUUUCUGACUGCAAUAUGCAUUCGAAGGAUAUAUUCAGGAUGUGAACGUGACUCGAAAUGAAGUAAACAAAAUAAAGAUUGAAGCUAUAGCCUAUAGGUCACAGGAUAAAACUGAACUACCGCAUCAUCUGGCGAUUGAGACUGAGGAUAACAACAUUAAGGAGCAACACUUUUCCUGAAAAGCUGGGUAUAUAGCUCUCUAUUCACUAUACAAUCAUUAAAAAGCAAAAGCAGUAUGCAUUUAUAACGUCACAUUCAGUAAGUCGUCUUGCUAGCAUUAGCUAACUACCGUAACAUUAGUAGCCUAUAGUGUGCUGUAAUGACAACGUCUGGUUAGCUCCACAGGUUUCUGUGCCCAUGUCGUUAGUCUUAUCUAUUACCUGGACCUCUGUAAAGCCCAAAAUAUAAGUAAUAUGUCAGCCCAGUUCUCCACAAGCCUGCCACAACAGUGGCAUAAGCCAAGAGGCAGAAAAAUAACACUGCUGCCCGUAACAGCUGUUGUGGUGGCGAAGGCGAAGACAAACCGAAAACGGAAACCCAUCUUCUGUCACUACGGCAGUGACAGAGCCUUGUCUGAAGUGACAGAUGAGGAUUUGGAGUUACUGAGAGGAUUGACAGGGACACCUAUGAGCUACAUAGCAAAUAGGCCACCAAUAGAUGUAGCAGUAGGUCAGGAAAAGUACCCUCUUGGAAGUUGUUUGAGCUACCAGCUCCCAUUAUUGGACAACACAUGGCCAAGAUCCUCCCUAUCAAACCCUACUGAUGAUUUUCCAGUAUUCCCUUUGCCACCACAGCCAAGCACUUUCUUUACAGUCCUAACAAAAGACCAGAUGGAAUGCUACAAUGCCACGAUGGUCUCAAAGUCUGAAUCAGAGGUACUGGAGAAAGGAACCAGACAAAAGAGCAUCAACAACAUCUGGCAUUGUGUCCGCUCUCCUCGUCUUACUUCAUCCUCUUUCAAGAGAGUAUACUCCAGGAAAGCAGACUACGAGCAGCUUGCCACCAGCAUGCUGAGGAAGAAGACACUGCAAACCAAAGCAAUGAAGAGAGGCCUGGAGCUUGAGCCAGUUGCUGCAGCCCAAUACACAGAAGUCAUAGGAAACCAAGUCUACAUGUGUGGCUUUGUCGUCAAUCCAAAUGCCCGCCAUUUAGACCUGAUGGAGCUGAAAGAGGAAAGUCAAGAUCUGAAGGAAGAGGAGGAGAAACAUCAGUAUCAGAUAAAAACUGAAGAUACUGAAGAACAAAGAGACCUGAUGGAGCUGAAAGAGGAAAGUCAAGAUCUGAAGGAAGAGGAGGAGAAACAUCAGUAUCAGAUACCUGUUGAUGUCAUUACUGGAGAACAAUCUUUUAGUGACUCACAGACUGAAGAAACAAAAUCCAAAAAAUCUUUCACUUGUUCUCAGUGUGGAAAGAGUUUCACUCGUCAAGGAAGCUUGAAUCGUCACAUGAGAAUUCAUGCUGUAAAGCCUCCUUACACAUGCAGUCAGUGUGAAAUUAGUUUCAAAUGCAAAAUAUCCCUCCUUAGACACAUGCAAGUUCAUAUUAGAGUGAAAUCUUUCAUAUGCCAUCAGUGUGGAAAGAAUUGCAAAGGUAGAAGAGGUCUUGAAAAACACAUGAGAAAGCACACUGGAGUGGAUAGUUACGUGUGCUAUCGGUGUGGAAAGAGUUACACAUUUAAACAAAGUUUGAAUCGUCACUUGAGAAAUCACACUGGAGAGAGGCCAUUUACAUGCCAUCAGUGUGGAAAGAGUUUCACACAAAAAGGAAGCCUAAAUAUCCACAUGAGAAUUCACACUGGAGAGAAGCCCUUUACCUGCCAUCAAUGUGGAAAGAGUUUCAUAAAGAAAGACAACCUGAGGCAACACAUGAGAAUUCACAAAGAAGAGAGGCCUUUCACAUGCCGUCAGUGUGGAAAGAGUUUCAAACAAAAAUGUAGCGCAUAUAUCCAUAAGAGAAUUCACUCUGGAGAGAAGCCUUUCACAUGCUGUCAGUGUGGAAAGAGUUUCAUAAAGAAAGCAAGCCUGAAAAGACACAUGAGAAUUCACACUGGAGAAAAGCUCUUCACAUGCCUUUACUGUGGAAAGAGUUUCUCACAAAAUGGAAAUCUUAAUAUCCACAUGAGAAUUCAUACUGGAGAGAAGCCUUUCAUGUGUCAUCAUUGUGGAAAGAGUUUCACACUAAAUGGAAGCCUUAAAAUCCACAUGAGAAAUCACACUGGAGAAAAGCCCUUCACAUGCCCUCGCUGUGGAAAGAGUUUCACACAGAAUGGAAAUCUUAAAAUCCACAUGAGAAUUCACACUGGAGAGAAGCCUUUCAUGUGUCAUCAUUGUGGAAAGAGUUUCACACUAAAUGGAAGCCUUAAAAUCCACAUGAGAAAUCACACUGGAGAAAAGCCCUUCACAUGCUGUCACUGUGGAAAGAGUUUCACACAGAAUGGAAAUCUUAAAAUCCACAUGGCAAUUCACACUGGAGAAAAGCCCUUCACAUGCCCUCACUGUGGAGAGAGUUUCAAAUUAAAAAGAGACUUUAAUUACCACAUAGGAAUUCACGAUAGAGAGAAAUGUUUUUACAUGCCCUCAGAAUCAGAACCAGAAGGAUCUUUAUUGCCAAGUUGUCUCACAGACUCAAGGAAUGUGUCUUCAGUGACAGAAGCUUCCAGUACACCCAAACCCAAAAUAGAUUAUUCCUCUUGGUUUAUAGAAUAAAUUAUUUGACAGAGAAAUUUCUACACUUAAUUUUAACAUAUAACAAUAUUUUUAAAUUACCCUAUUAAGUAGCCUCAAAGUGUCCCGUUGUCAUUCAUUUCAUCAGUUUUCCAUAAUAUUUUUUGUCACACUUCUGAUUUACACAAUUGUUAUGCGAGCUCGUUAACAAUAGCAUGUGUUAACAUGCAAAAUGUUAAGUAGUUAAGUAAAGAGUCAUUAAAUAAGCAAAAGCUCCACUCUUUACCACAAUGGUUACCCAACGUAACAGAAUUGGUUCUAAAUCCCAAAUUCACUGAACAUCUUUGCCUUUUCUCAUCUUGCUCAAAAACAUAAAAUAACACUUAAUUUCAAAAUGUUUACCCUCCCAAUCAAGUACAACACAAAGCAUGCUGGGAACUAUAAAUCCCCCCUACCCAGUUUCAGUUAUGUCAACAAAAAAUGUAUUUAUGAAGUACCAACACAAAUGGAUUAAGUACAACUCAAUUUAUAACAUUUAAGUAGAUUGGAUACAAUGAAAUUAAGUUCAAGGAUUGUGUUGUAUAAGCUCAUUUUAAUUAUGUAAAUUGUAGGGGGCUUGGGUAGCUCAGCAAGUGAAGAUCGCAAGAUCGAAUCCAGGGCGUGCUGAAUGACCCCAGUCAGACUUCCUAAGCAACCAAUUGGCCCGGUUGCUUGGGUGGGUAGUCACGUUGGGUUAACCUGCUCGUGGUCAUAAUAAUGUGGUUCUCGCUCUCGGUGGGGCAUGUGGUGAGUUGUGCGUGGAUGCCGCGGAGAAUAGCGUGAAACCUCCACACUCACUAGGUCUCCAUGGUAACGCGCUCAACAAGCCGCGUGAUAAGAUGCGCGGAUUGACGGUCUCAGACACGGAGGCAACUGAGAUUCGUCCUCCGCCACCAGAAUUGAAGCGAGUCACUAUGCCACCAUGAGGACCUAGAGCGCAUUGGGAAUUGGGCAUUCCAAAUUGGGGAGAAAAAAAAAAAGUCAAACUUUUAAUGAACUUUUUUUUUAGUCCUGCAGAGUCCAUGGCAUUUGUGACGCACUGAAAAAGAAAAAACAAAAUAAGAAUAAUGACAAUGAGAAAUAAAUGAACACAGCUCUGUCUGCAUGCAACUGUAGCUCCUCUUGAUGAUGUAGAUGUAGCCAGAGUUUGUUUCUCCAUGUUCUGCAACACACACGCACACACCACACUCAUCAGUCAACCAAUAUGCUUGAAUGGAUCGAUUACCGAGAUAGCUUGCACGAUGAAAAGAAAGACAGAUAUGUAGCAACGUAUUAGAAACUAAACAAAGCAGUUUCACAUGGAACUUUACAACUGGUAAAAUCGCACAUGGCUACUCAUUUCCCCUUUAGCGGAAGUGUUGGUGCAGUCAAGCUGGUGCGGUUUCAUUGUGGUUAAAAUAAAGAACUUUAUUAAGCCAAGUCACCCACACAAUAUCUCUCAAUAUUUACAGUACUCAAAACAACAUAUCACGAAAUAAAAAUACUGAAAAAUAGUAUUAAUAUUAGGCUAUUAAGUCUUUUUAGGCUUAAUGUACUGAAUACACACAAGUAGGCAGUUAUUUCUGUAGUCUCUUGGUCCACGCAGUGUUGUCAGCUUGAACCAGAAACCCUAUCAUCUGGGUUAUCUAUAAUAGCUUAAUAAAUUAACUGUAACUUUUUAAAUAUUCAAAAAAAUCUUUAUUACUAAAGCGGACAGCAACUCUAAACUGAUUAAAUAAAACAGCACCUAUUUAUU